AUGCAUACCAGCUUCAUUCUCACUGCCAUCGUCGCUAUCGGCGCCGCCACGGGGGCCUCUGCCUCAACAAUGGCUCCUCGCGCUGCCCUCCCUAAAGCUAACGAGUUAACAAGUCCAAACUGUGCCCCAGGAACCGGCAGUUAUGAGCAUCAUUCAGCCUUUCUCGGCGACGUUACAAUGAACGAUGGUAGUCAUUCCGUCUACUUUGCUGCUGGGCCAUGGGACUUCUUCAGUGGCAAGACCAAAGAAGGAAUCAUGCGGGCUUCCAUUUUAAUCUGCGGUCUGUCGGCUUGCGCUACGGGGUUGGCUGGAAUUGUGCCUAGAGUGUCAACUGGCCAUGCAGAUGGUUCAUUUGCUUCCCCUGGAGUUGCAAUUAAGCCAAAAUUCAGAUAUUGGCUUCCAGAUGCGAGCAUUGAUCCGGCAGGCUUCUCAGACGACAUUGCCCAACUUGCCAAGCGUGGCGCUGAUGGGACGGAGCUGUUGAAUUAUUUUGGUCUACCCACAUCCGUCACUCCAAGCAACUGGGAUAUCUACGGAUAUGGUGCACCAGGUUAUUCCAAAAUUGUCAAGGUUGCCUUAGAAGCCCAUCGCGACGCUGGCAUCUUGUUCGACUAUACACACAGUGCCAAUGGCUGUGUGCCAGCGGAAAAGGGCAACCCGGGUUUGUCCUGGCAAUUGAAUUACUACGGCACUACCAAUAUUGGAAAUUUCAAUGGCACCGUACCCGGAUGGGGCAAAGGGGAGUUCAUCGGUACGGUCACAUUUGCGGUGACCAAUGUUGGGACUCACCCCGCCGAUUUCCAUGGCGCGUUCGGAUGGGGAAAAUCGUAUCCUGCCUAUACCAUAUCCAACGCCUCGUUAACAGAUGUGACGAGUUUGGUUGACUCCAAAGGAUUCAUUGAGACAAACCCAAUACAGACGCUUGACGCGCAGUACAAAUCAAGUUGCAGUUUCCAAGGCCAAGACAACCUUUCAGGGCCUAUUAAGCCGUACCAAUGUACACCAGGUUCCUGGGUCUACGAUGCUACCAUCUGCACUGAAAAAACACACGAGACUCGCAUUGUCAAAUUUACCAAAAAGACGCAGCUGCUGAGGCAUGCUACCACUAGCUCCGACUCUGUGUUAGGCUUCAAUGUUCAGUUGCUAGGAUCGCUGAUACAAGCAAAAGUUGCAUACUCUACGUCUUUGUCGACCGUUUCGACGUCCUUUGGAUUACCCCAGACCUUCGGAACAACGGGCGUGCAGCCAGCAUAUACUCUUAACGACUGGAGUCUGGUAAUUGAGCAUUGGGGACCCCCCGACAACUUGUAUAAUCUGGACCUCGAUGCCAGAAAGGAAAAUCUGACUGUUCCCAUCGAUGGGCCUUCAUUGAAGUCAUGGAAGGAUCUUGGGUUUCCAGAUGUCUCUGGCAUUGGAUUUUAUAGGACCACUUUCGAAUGGAGCCCCUCAUUACUUUACUCCACGGGAGGGGCGUAUCUCAUCCUUCCACCAGUCUCGGACGGAAUUGUGGGAACACUGAAUGGCAAGCGCCUACCUGCAUUUGACAUCACAAACCCAACCACUCAUAUCAAAUCGUACCUUAAGAAAGGGGAGAACGUGCUGGAGUUCAAGGUUUCAUCCACGUUGAAAACUUCACUGAAGCCAAUAUGGAAUAACCUUCAAACGGCUGGUGGUGGUGUGGCAUCAAGUUGGGAUGCUACAGCGAAACUGGGAUUUGGACUGCAACAUUACGGUCUGAUUGGCGAGGUUCAAAUUAUUCCAUAUGGGUUGGUGCCGAUAUUGUAG